CCCGAGCUGGGCCCGCGGGCUGCCCCAGCAUGCCCGGGGUGAAGCUGACCACCCAGGCGUACUGCAAGAUGCUGCUGCACGGCGCCAAGUACCCGCACUGCGCCGUCAACGGGCUGCUGGUGGCCGAGCGGCAGAAGGCGCGCAGGGAGCACCCGGCCGGCGGCGCCGCGCACACGCUCUUCGUGGACUGCAUCCCGCUGUUCCACGGCACGCUGGCGCUCGCACCCAUGCUGGAGGUGGCCCUCACCCUGAUUGACUCGUGGUGCAAAGACAACAGUUAUGUAAUCGCCGGUUACUACCAGGCCAAUGAGCGAGUCAAGGAUGCCAGCCCCAACCAGGUGGCGGAGAAGGUGGCCUCACGAAUCGCCGAGGGCUUCAGUGAUACGGUGCUCAUCAUGGUGGACAACACCAAGUUCACCAUGGACUGUGUGAUGCCAACCAUCCACGUGUAUGAACACCAUGAGAGCAAAUGGCGCUGCCGUGACCCCCACUAUGAUUACUGCGAGGACUGGCCGGAGGCCCAGCGCAUCUCAGCCUCGCUUCUGGACAGCCGCUCCUAUGAGACCCUCGUGGACUUUGACAACCACCUGGACGACAUCCGGAAUGACUGGACCAACCCUGAGGUCAACAAGGCUGUCCUGCACCUGUGCUAGCUCAACGGGGUACUCGUCUCCUGUGUUAACCCAAGGGGAGUGCUGUCCCUGUGCUAGCCCAAGGGGGGGUGUUGUCCCCUAUGUGGAUCUUGUCCCUGUGGCCUAGCCUCAGAAGGGGCAGCAUGUCCUGAGAGCCAAGCUGUCCCACUGACUUUCCUCGGGGACCCCCAGUCCUAGAGCCCAGGUGGUCCCCAAUAAACCAUUUUCACAAAA